GUGAAAAUACAUGACAGUUGAAAAAUGAAUAAUUUUUUAACAUUAACAACGUUUGAAAUUUUGAAACUGGUGAUCACAAAAAUCUAAAAUACGUUUGGAUUGUGUGUAUGUAAUAACUAAUUUUUAAUUGUUCGUGAAUUUGUAUAGAAAGUGUUAUAAUUUCCCUAAUUAGUUUAUUAAUUUUUAUUUCAAUAAGUUAUUAUGUUUUCAUCUGAUUCCGAAGACGACUAUUACGGUAACACCACGAAAAGGUUACAAUAUCUAAAAAAUAAAUACAGCGAAGACAAAAUCGAUUCAGCGAAUUUACUGAAAGAUUCUGUGCAACCAGAUUCAGAAGCGUGUUGCAGUACCGCAGUGAACACCAGUAACACCUCAAGCUCAAAACCUAAUGUUGAAACCAAGAUAAGUUUGUUGGAUGAUUCUCUAUUAGAAAACGAGUCAUUUGAAGACCGAAUUAUACAGUCGAUGCGACAAUCUAGAGCUCAAAAGAUGAAGGAAACUUUAACUAACUUUCUAAGUAGAUCUUUAACUUUCAAGAAAAAAGGUAAAGAGGCUAAAGGGGGCAGAGGCAGUAAAAGUCAAUCCAAGCUUUCUAAACAUAACAGUAGCACAGAAUUUUCACCUAAUACUUUAAAUGUGGCAUCUAAGAGGAGGUCUAUAGCACAAAGAGUUCAAGGCAGUUGCAGGGGCAGAGGCAGUAAAAGUCAAUCCAAGCUUUCUAAACAUACCCAAGACAGUGACACAGAAUUUUCACAUAAUAAUUUAUAUGUGGCACCUAUGAGGAGGUCUAUAGCACAAAGAGUUCAAGGCAGUUGUUCUCGUAAUACACGACAAACGAGAAAGAGAGGAACGAGAAAUGUGGAAAACAUACAGAUACAAUCUGAGACCACCACAUCUCAGACUGUAUAUCCAACAUACAGUGUCGGUAACACAGCUGAGUAUCAAGAUUUAUCAGAGAAUGUUCAUCUGUUUAAUACAAAGCCUCUGACCCAAGAAGUUUAUGAUCCGUUAGAUGAGAAUGAAGAACUAUCAGUAAAGGUAUACUGGCGUAGUUCAGAAGUUGUCAGGUUCACUAUACGUAAAUUCCAGAAAAUUUUGCAAAUAUUUGAAUUCUUUGCUGAAAAAGAAAAUGUAACAAGAGAUAGACUUUUGUUUCUAUAUAAUGAUAGGAUUUUAAAACCUCAUUACACACCAGAUAAGAUUAAUUAUAAAAUCACAAAGUUUAUAGAAGGAGGCCUCAUUCCAUCCGCACCAAUUUUAGAUGACUCAAUUAUUAGCCAUGGUUUUAGCCAUGAAGAAUUGGGCAAUGGACUUAAACUGAAAUUUCAAUGUCAAAAUAUUAAGAAGCCAUUGGUAUUAUAUGUUCAAAAGGAAGAGAAACUUCUACAAGCUAUGGUGAAAUGUGCUGAGCACUUUGAAAAGCCGCUUAAUGCUCUAAAGUUUGUCUUUGAUGGAGAUGCUAUUUCAGGUUCAAUGACACCUGACGAAUUGGAUUUGGAAGGAGACGAGUGUAUUGAUGUUAAAUUCGUUAGUUAAUAAUAAUGACUUAAUAUAAAUUGUCUGCGUAAAAAUUCAUCACCGUUCUCUAUUUUAAGUGUUUAAAUGUAAAUUAAUUAAUUGGAGUAUCUUAUAAUUAUUGUAUUUUGUAACCUCAUUGCGCUGUAUAUUUAAAUUUGACACUUAACAUUAAGUAUGAUCAUAACAUUAUGUGUAAAAAUUUGACAUUUGAGACUCAUAGUUCGCACUUUUUUUAUGGCCUGAUUGAUUGGUGAUUAUACUUCAUUUAAUUUCACAUGUUAUUCUUAUUCAAACGUUCCACUUUUUUUCUUAAAUCUUCCCUACGGUAUUUAUAUAAUGCACUAUAACACUUUUUUGUUUUUGAGAAAAUCACACAACUGGCAACAUUAACUUCCAUUUCACUUGCCAGUAGUCUAUUAAAAAUGAAAAUUUGGUUUUGGCAUUUAAAAAAGAUACAGUAAGAGCAAACAUUGUUAUCUAUAAUAAGUUUAGCGAGGUGUGCGGGUAGUUCGCGCUAAGUCUGAAGUAUAGACUAAAAUGUAGAAAUUCUAAAUCACCUUUAAAAUCAGAACUCGCUAAGUGUCAAAUCGUUUUUUACAAGUUAGUGCAUGCGCAGCGCAGUGAAAUGCAUGUCGAUGUUUAAUUUUAAUCUAUGCUAUAAUGAAAUUUAAAUCUUAUUUGUAAUUUAUGAAUAAAUAGAUGAUAUUAUUUU